GUUCAAUGCAACGACCACGAGGAGGUUGACAAGCCUACGAUGGUCCGGUCACUGUACCCAAAAUUCGGAGUCCUCAACACUCUCUUAAUUUUCUGCUUUAUCUUCAAAUCUCUUGAGAGCCACUAUGAUUUUAUUGUGGAAAAUAGUGCUGGGCGAGAAUUGUGGUGGCGUUGCAGCUUGUGUGAGCAUGCCUGCCAGUUUUCGUGCCCUGGUUGCAUCCUUACUGCAUGGGGAAGACACCUAUUUCGCGGGCGUCUGCGCGAUGUAAGACGUCGCCUAUCAUGUGGUAGAUUACCGUGGCGCCCGUCGAUAACAAGCGGGAUUUGUUCAAAAAACCUAUCGGGACUUCCUGGCGCAUAUGCCAAUGAAAAUAUGACCGCCUUCAACCGCCAGAUUUCCUUUGGGGUCAUGUACGAACCUGAGUAUAGGGAUGACAUCUGCUCGUCUAUGUUAGAGGACGAUGACCGGCUUUCAAGUUGCUUACAAGCAGAUUACGCCAGUCAUGUUCGGUGAAUUUAUCGGGUUUCCCCGAACCGCGAGAAGCUGCUCAGUGAUAUGUAUCACUGGCCUUCUCAGUACCCCCGAUUCAUUAUUGAUCGUCUCCAAUGAAAUUGUGCGGACGUUGAUGAUUUUUCAAGAUACAGGGCUGACGGCUUAAGAUUUUUGCGUGGUAUUCUCUCAGCGUCGUGGGAAUGAAAGUGUUAUGGAUCUCGUGUCUUUUC